CUCUCCAGCUAGUACCUUUGCUCUCGCGAACAUCCAGGUUUUGCAGAUGCAUCAACAUUUACGGGUGGCUAAGAGGAAUACCAAGUUACCUCUCGAGGAAAAGAUCAAGUUACUUGAGGAAAGAUUAGCCACAUUGGAGUCAAAGUACGGAGAAGUGCAGGUGGACAAGAGCACACAGUCAGAAUCAUUGCAAACAAAUGGGCAGGAUGGAAAUAAAGAAGCAAUAGAUGUUGAUAUAAUCUCGAGAGCGCGAGUUGUUAUAAACAGAAGGGAUGAGACAACAGGAGAGAGGAAAGAUUUCGAUGUAACAGAUCCGGCGGUCUCAGCUCCUGGCAAGAACAAAGUCGCAACAGAGCAAAACUAUGCUUUCCUCCUCAGGAAGUUCAUCUUUUAUACUGACGAUCCAACGAGUGAGCUGGAGAUCACUGGGAUUGAACUGCGGAAUCUCCUUAAACAGCUUCUUCAACACUAUCCUUAUGAUAUUUUUCUUGGAGAUGCCGUCUCGAUUUCAUCACCAUUCGAGUGUCUGGUUCUGAAUUGGGACUUGCUCGAAAGCGAAGCUCAAAAGCUAGGCAGUACCCUAGAUGACCAAGUUGCACGAGAUGAUCUGAAACUUCUCCUUGCAACUAUCAAGGAGAGCUCUGAUCCAAAGCUGGAGGACUAUUUCAGGAUACGAGACCAUCUUAAAGCCUCUAACAGCAUCACAUUCGACACACUAUGGACAAUCUUUCCACCUGGUACUCUUGUACAUAGUGCACCUUUCUUGAGGCUUGAUCAGCUCUUUGUUGUCCAGGACUACCAGACUGCUUGGCCAAACAAUGACAAUGCCCGUUCUAAAAGACUCUUAUACUGGAAUCUGGACUGCUGGACAUAUGAUUGGAAUGGCCAAUAUUUUCAACGCUAUGGGAUAACACUUAGCAUUGAUUACUUUGAAGGUUUCAAGCCAAUCUCAUCUCUUCCUGUGCGACCCUUCGAUGUUGUUGAGAAUCCAAGCAAAUUGAAGGACAAACUACUUCGAAGAGGUAGACUCUUCCGAAAAUACUGCAGCAUUCCUAAGGACUGCAGAAUGUUCCAGUAUUCAGGCAAAGCCAUCCUUGACAAAAGUGGUUUUCGUGGAGUCAGUUCUAGCUCAGAUGAUGAUAGCCAAAACGCAACCGGCUCUGACCGCCAAAAACAAUCAAAUGUCAUUGGUGAUGUGAUGGUGGACUUUGAGUCUUACUAUAAACAUGGCCUUGCUACUGCACAAAUAGCUGACUUCAACAUUUCCGAAGAAACAACUGAAUGCAAAUGUCCCAACUGUACUUCCAACACAACACUUCAGAACAUAUUUCGAGUUAGGUAUGAUGGCGCAACAGGAGACCAGAGUGAAGAAUGGGAGGAGGAACAGAUAAUGCUCUGCCCCCCUCGGCUUCUUGGAUAUGUGCUCCGCGAGAAAAAAUGGGCGCAACUGGAUGUAAACAGUGUUCUUGUAUCAAAACAUGGGGAGGUAAAUGCAUUUUGGGACAAGUUAAUACUUGCUGGUGAGGAUGGUGGGAAGGAGACGAAAGCGAUGCUCCACGGGUUAAUAAAGAACCAUGGUAAUAGUGAGAGCGGAGAUGGGAAGACAGGAUAUCAUCUUAAUGAUAUAGUGGCGGAAAAAGGGAAAGGUCUGGUUAUACUCCUUUAUGGACCUCCGGGAGUUGGAAAAACCUCCACGGCACAAACUAUUGCAAGUGCAGCAAGGAAGCCCCUGUUUUCUAUCGGUGUAGCCGACGUUGGCACUUCUGCUGGGCUUGUAGAGUCAAAUCUUGAGACAAUUUUUGACCUUGCAACUACGUGGAAAGCCGUUCUUUUGAUCGAUGAGGCUGAUGUGUUCUUACAAAGUAGAGCAAGGGGACAAGCAGGUCCUACGACUGAGCGGAAUGCUCUUGUAUCAGUCUUCCUCAGGGUGCUCGAAUACUACCAAGGAAUUUUGAUCCUAACCACCAACCAAAUUUCCCAAUUUGACGUUGCAGUCCAGUCCCGAAUUCACAUUGCCAUCCGAUAUGAAGGACUCGAUAAGAAGCAAACUGUCAGCAUCUUUAAAGGAUUCCUUGAGCAAUAUAAGGCUAGGGGUUUAGUACAGCAAAAUAUUUUCAAGAAAAUUAUGGACUGGGUUGAAAGAGAUUUGUCCAAACGCAAGUUUGAUGGUAGGCAGAUUCGGAAUAUUGUAACAAGUGCAAUGGGAAUUGCACUGGCUGAUGAAGAGAGGGAUACGCCUGGUUUGACUAUCGAGGACCUGCAGAGCGUGGUUGCAUAUAUGGGAAAUUUCAAGGGUGACCUUGAGUAUCAGAUGAGAGCAUAUGAAGAUGCACAAAAUGGGGCCCGCUACUCAUAA